GCACAGCAGGAAGCGAGUCAGAGCGUCUGCGCCACCCAGCCCGUCUGGACCCCGAGGUACCGACCCCCCAGGUCCCUGUGACACACCCGGGCUCAGAUAUCCGUCCCCCCUGCCCAGGGAGCUGGGAAGGCGGCUCCCCACCCCAUACCAGGAUCUGUGAUUGAGCAGGCUGCUUCACCAGGAGCUGAGAGCAGAGCGCCCUGCCCAGAACCCGGGCUGCACCAAGGCCCACCCUUAACCCCCCAGCAUGGCACGCCGGCCGGCCACACCCCAUGUCUGGAUUUGACGGCUUCCAGCACAGCAGCGCCUCCCCAGUGGCUCCCUAUGAUGCUCUCAUCCAAUGAGACGACGGGCCACACCCACUGAUGGCCAGUGGCCAUAAAGGAGAAAGCUGAGUGGCAAGGCGUAGAGCACAUAGUUGUCCUUCCCAGCCAAUUGGAUUGUUUCCUUGACUCUCGCUCCCCCAAGCCUGCGUGCAUGUGAUCGGCGGCCGCACCUCUCCGUCCGCCAGGCCGUCUCAUUCCCGUUUUCCGGGGGGGCGUGCUGGUGGGCGGGAGGGCCAUGCAGUCAGAUGACCUCUUCGUCCGCAAAAUCCGGCGUCACUCUGCCCGGCCCCCUCUGGCCUCCAUCUCCUUCGACGCCAAAGGGAUCCCGGCCCCCCUCCUGCGGCCCCCCCGGAGUGAGGUGACCCAGGGGCUCCCCAGGGGGCAUGGCACCCCCCCUGGCCUGGGCCUAAGGCCUGCCAGCCACAUCAUGCACCGCAGCAACAGUGACGUGACCCUUGGGGAGGGGGUGCCUGGGGACGGAACACCCCCCUCCUCAUCAGUGGUGGGGGGUGGGGAUUGCGGGCUGCACCGGGACUAUGGCAGCCUGAGCUCCAUCGAGAAAGGCCCGGGUCCCCCCCGCACCCGCGCCCACAGCCACGAGGAGCCACGGGCCAGCAGCCCAGCUGCCCGGCGCUUCUGGGACCCCCUUGUGCUUCUGGGGCUCACAGGAGGCGAGGUGUGGGAAGGGGACGGCCAGGGGGCUGGGGCCGCCGUGCCAGAGCAGGACAGGGGAGAAGAGCCCCCCAAGUUCCCCCCACAGAUCUGGGUGCGCCAGCUGGCCCACUAUGAUGUGCAAAGCAUCCUCUUUGAUCCAGGUGAGGCGGCCUGGUGCCAGGGCAGUGCCGGGCGCCGGGUGCGUAACAUCACCACAGGGGCCUCAGCCGCCUCCGCAGGGCCAACCCCCACCCCUGUCCCUGAGGAGCCUGAUCCAGGUGAUGGCAAGGAUGGGCCUCUGGUGCUCAGUUGCCCCCACUUCCGCAAUGAGAUUGGGGGUGAGGAGGAGGGGGGCCUGGGCCGGCGCCAGGAAGCAGGAGGGGGCGCCGGGCAGCUGCCCAAUGCGGCCGUGUCGGUGCUGGAGGAGCCACGGGAGAGUUACCCAACCAGGGGCAGCCGGGCUACCCACUACAUUGAGUAUGCCGACCUGGGCGCCAGCUACUACCGCAAAUACUUCUAUGGCAAGGAGCAUCAGAACUUCUUCGGGGUGGAUGAGCGCCUGGGAGCGGUGGCUGUGUCGCUGCGGCGUGAAGAGAAGGAGAAGGAGGGUGCCAGCCUGCAGUACAACUACCGCUUCAUCCUGCGCACCAGCGAGCUGCGGACCCUGCGAGGCUCAGUGCUGGAGGAGGCGCUGCCCCCCACUGCCCGUCCCCCCGCUGCCCGUGGGCUGUCCCCCAAGAAGCUGCUGGAGCAUGUGCUGCCCGACCUGAACCUGCAGGGGCUGCGCCUGGCAUCCAACUCACCCAAGGUGCCUGAGACGCUGCUCAAGCUGGACGAGCAGGGGGUGAGUUUCCAGCGCAAGGUGGGAGUUCUGUACUGCCGGGCGGGGCAGGGCUCCGAGGAGGAGAUGUACAACAACGAGGGGGCUGGCCCCCCAUUCCAGGAGUUCCUGGAGCUGCUGGGCCAGCACGUCCAGCUGCGCGGCUUCACCAAGUACCGUGCCCAGCUUGACACCAAGACUGACUCCACGGGCACCCACUCGCUGUACACCACGUACCAGGACUAUGAGAUCAUGUUCCACGUCUCCACUAUGCUUCCCUACACGCCCAACAACCGCCAGCAGUUGCUACGGAAGCGUCACAUUGGCAACGACAUUGUCACAAUCAUCUUCCAGGAGCCAGGCGCACAGCCCUUCACACCCCGCACCAUCCGCUCACACUUCCAGCAUGUCUUCAUCAUAGUGCGUGUGCAUGAGCCCUGCACCGAGCGCACCACCUACAGUGUGGCAGUGAGCCGCACCAAGGACAUCCCACUCUUUGGGCCACCCAUCCCAGCUGGGCACCGCUUCCCCCGGACACUCGCCUUCCGGGACUUCUUGCUGGCCAAAGCCAUCAACGCAGAGAAUGCGGCUGAGCGGUCAGGCAAAUUCCACGCCAUGGCUACCCGCACACGCCAGGAGUACCUGCAGGACCUGGCGCGCAGCCAUGCUACCACCACCAGCCUGGAGGCCUCCUCCUCCCGCCUGCCCCUGCUCUCCCUCGGUGCCAAGAGGAAGGAGCGGGCCAAGGGGGCCAAGGCCUGGGAGCUGCAGAGUGCCGGGGCCCUGGUGUGGAGCGUGCGGGCACGGGAUGGAGACCGGGCCGCCCCCGAGCUGCCUUGCCUGCUGGGUAUCUCCGCCGAGUUCCUGGUGCUCAUCGAGGCCAAAGGCAAGCGAGUCAUCUUCAACUGCUCCUGCCGUGACGUGCUGGCCUGGACCUACUCCGACUGCGGCCUGGACCUCUACUACGGCUCCGGGGACUACGUCUCCGUGCGGCUCCCUGACGGCCAAGGGGACGAGGUCAAGGACAUUGUGCACCGGCUGCAGCUGGUGACGCGGGGCUGCGAGACGCGGGAGCUCACACUGCUGCGGAACGGGUUGGGCCAGCUGGGUUUCCAGGUGGACAGCGAGGGCUUUGUCACCGAUGUCGAGCGCUUCACCUUUGCGGAGAAGGCCGGCCUGCAGCCUGGCGCCCGGCUGGUGCGUGUGUGCGAGCGGGCACUGCCCGGCCUCAGCCACGCCCAGACUACCGAGCUUCUGCGCACUGCCAAGAAAGUCACCAUCACCAUGGUGCCUCCUGACGAGAAUGGCAAGCCCCGCAGGAGUUUCUCUGAGCUAUACGUGAAGUCCCUGCAGGAGAAGCGGCGUAGUGAUUCCCCGGCAAGGGAGCCCCCCCGGACGGCUGGGGGCCCGGGGCCUGAGGGGGAGUUGAGACCGGCCACCCUGCAGCUGCUGCGCUCGCUUUCCCUGCAGGACGGGCCCCCCCAUAGCCUGGCUGAGGAGCGCACCGAGUUCCUGCGCAGCCACAGCGAGGGCACUGCCCCCCGCAACCUGCCGUCCCAGAGCAGGGAGAUCCCCACGUUACCUGAUCCCACACCUGACCUCAUCCUGGCAGCCACACCCAAGGGGCCCCCUGAGCAGGAAAUGGACCAUCCAGGAGACCCCACAUCGUUGGAGCAGGCUCCCCCCGAUCAUGGGGUCAUGGGUAGCCAGGCCCCACUCCCUAGCGAGACGGCCCCACCCACCUCGGACAUGAGUGACACCGAGAAAUUCCUACCCCGGACACUCUCGUUGCGAAACUCCAUCACCAAGAUUCUGUCGGAAGCCAGCGAGUCCCUGGAGGAGGAGUGGGACUCCAUCUCCAAUCUGGCUACCACCUGCAACAGCAUCCUAGAGGCACUCUCGAAGGAAGCAGGGCAACACGUGCUGGAGAGCAGAGAGCCCCCUGGUGGGAGUGGCCAGAGGAACCCAGGCCAGCAGCCCCCCGAGGAUGAAGGCCAUCAGUCCCGGUCGCUGUCGGAGAAGGUCUCUCACUUGGAGUCCAUGCUAAAGAAGCUGCAGGAGGACUUGCAGCAGGAGCAGGCAGCCAAGGCAGCACUACAGGCUGAGGUGCAGAGUCUGCGGCAGAACAACCAGCGGCUGCAGCAGGAGCAGGAGAGUGCGGCUGCCCGGCUCAGCCAGGUCACCCGCCUGCUGUGCGGUUCCCCCAGCCAGUCCCUCUAGGGGCCCUGGGCUCCCUCCAGCCUCCCCUGCCCAGUCAUCCCCCCACCGCCCCUGUUUCCCCAUUGACCCCACUUCCACUCCUCCCCUCUCUGGUCCACAGGGGUGCUGUUGUUACCCCCCGGAGGGACCACAAUCCGAACUGCACUCUGGGGAGCUCACUUUCCGACUGGCCAUGCACAGCAGAUUCUUACUACCAACCCCCCAAAACUGUCUGGGGGGGGAAAGUAGCCCUCCCCCGGAAUAUGGCUUCUCAUCUCUCAAGACUGUUACCGCUGGGGAGCCCAGCACAGACUCACCAGCCCAAAGGCCACUGCCAGGAGCAGGCCCUGAUAUUGGGGUACAGGCGACACCCCCAGUUCCAGCUGACUCAGCUCACACACAGAUCUCAACUCUUUGAUAAAUCUGACUGUAAUGGGGGGAGGUUGUAGCCUUGUCAUCUGGCGGGGGAACAGGAGGGAGGGCUUGUGUUGCUGAGCAGGAGUGGGAAGGAGGGACUUAAAGGCAUGUUUGACCUCGACCCCCUCGGAAAAAAUCAAUUUGCAAUACCCCCCCACACACACACACACAUCCUGCUGCAUCGAUCCAGGCCUCAGGAAAACUCUGGCAUGAGAGAGAGAUGAUUCUACUGUCACACUCAUGCACACACACACACACGCUCACACACGUGACUGCACAGAUUCAUGCACAUUUACACACACACGUGACUGCAUGCACACAUGCACACACUCAUACACACACAUGACUGCACACACUCACACUUGCACACACACUCAUACAUGGGCUCGCCCAGAUGCACUCCUCACACCAGCUCAGAGUGCUCCCAGUCCCACACGCCCUCACACUGAUCCAUGCCCGUGCAGACUUGUGCUUGGGCAGACCAUGCUCACACUGAUGCAUGCUCACAGUCACAUGCUCUCACUCAAGCUCCCAUGCACUGACACACGCUCCCAUGCAAACACACACUCUAACACCUUCACCUGGGCCCACAGAUCCCCCAGACCCAUAAGGGUCCAGAACCCCACCCCCAUCCAGCACUGACCCGGCCAGAGCAGGAACCUCUCCGCCUGAAGAGGGCGCCACCCUGCCUGGUAACUGUGAAGAUACUGCAAGCUGUGAGUUAAUGCCCCCUCCCCCUCUGCACCCCAACCCAACCCAGCCCAGCCUCUCGCAUAGAAGAAAGGAGCUAUGGGGACAUUGCUUCUGGUCACCUGCUCCCACCCAGCAGUGCCCCUCCCUCUGCACAAGCCCGUCCCCCCCCCCCCAUACACACACUCUAUCGAGGCAUAGCCAUGGGUACAGGGCCCAGCUCCCCAUUUGGUGCUAGGGGAUAUUUCUGGAGAGUGUCCCCUGUGACAUGGGGGGGGGGGGGGGUUUGUCAUGUCUCCUUUUGGGUUGUAAAUAUUUUAGAACCAAUUAGAACACAAGUGUUUGUUUCAGGUUUGUUUGUAUGUUAGUUUUUUACACUGCAAAUGGCCCAUCUUAGAACCAGAGAAUCUGUGUCUGACGUGAAUGUACAAAUCGCAGUGUGUCUGUCCCCAGUCCCUCUGUGCAAUAAAGAGCCGAUAUGCAGCUCCCAGGGUCUGACACCA